GUAGCUCUAGCAGGUUGCAUCUCAGCACUGUGGGACACUCAACUUAGAUCACGUAUUUCCUAUGAAAGCCGUGCACUUGCGUGUGACUAGCACUUCUCUUUCGUGCCGAAGCACUAUUGGCGUUUGCUUGUACGGUUCAGCGACAACUUGUCAGGCAAACGAGUCCUCUUUUUCCGCAGCGAGAUUUUUUUUUCCCUCAACUGCUAGUAGACAUUCUGAAUAGUACUACUUCGUAGUUCUGAAUAGUACUACUUAGUAGUUCUGAAUAGUACUACUUAGUAGUUCUGAAUAGUACUACUUAUUAGUUCUGAAUAGUUCUCGUUUCGCAGAAAAAAACCGAGCUGUUUUUUACCAGGAGUUUUCACAGAACGUCAGAAAUCGAGAGCACCGAUCUUAGCCUCUGGACCUAGUAGGAAUUUUUUUUGAGGUAGUGGAAUCUUAGCUUUUGGUUCGCGGUGGGCCGCUACGCAACGAGCCGAAUACGAUCGAUUACCUUUGUGCAACAAUGGAGUGUUAGAUCAAAAGCUCGCGACGCGAAUGGCGGCUAGCGACGUGAGUCGUCUCAGAGCUCGAAACGUUACACUGAAGAGUAUCGAAAGGCAAAAAAAUGCAGUUUUUUCCUACAUUAGCAGGCCGCCCAAUUCGUCCUUUUCUCUUGUAACGGUUCCUGAAACGGACGAAAGCAGCCGAAUUCAGCUUCCCGGAUUCAAGUACCACUCAAAUCCCAGCGCGGAUAGUACCCAUCGCGUGUGUCCAUCGUGCGGUUGCUUGCUUCCGACGCGCCGCCGGUCGUCCGAUGCCUCGUCGAUCGCCGCAUGAUCGCAUCCCUUCUGACGUGAUCGCCGAUCGCGCGACGCCUCUCGUUUCGACUGCUCGGUGUCCAUCCCGCGGCACUUGCUCUGACGUGCCACUUGGUCGCAACGACGUGGCUGCUCUCGAUGCGCCGGUCGCCGCGUGCCUCUCGUUUCGACUGCUAGGUGUCCAUCCUGCGCUUGCUUUCCGACGCGCCGGUCGCGUCGUGUCUCGUCGUGUCGUGCCGUGUCGUCGCCGCAGCUUCCGCGUCUCGGUCGCUUCUGCGACGGCCCCGUGCUCGUCGUCGCGUGCGAUUUCUCGUCGCCGUCGCGGUUCGUCGCCACGGCCGCGUGACUCCGGCGUUCCCUCUUGAGGUCACCUAACACAGGCGCGGGCGCCGGUGCGUCGCCGCGUGACGGCGGUGGGGUAGGAAUUGCUGACUCUGGUUCCCGUGAGGAUCGCCGACUCAGAAUGCCGACUGAGGAGGAGGAGGAGGAGGACCGCCGGCGGUACUACGCCCGUUCGCCGUCGCCUGAAGAGGUGUCGUACGCGGCAGCAGCCGUGCAGGAAGGAGACGGAGGAGAAGGGGGAGGAGGCGAAGGAGAAGGCGGGGAAGGGGAAGGCGGGGAAGGGGAAGGAGGGGAAGCGCAAGCUGCACCGCCGUCGUCAGAGAGCAUUGGGAGAGAGGAAGAGAUGGUUCGGUCGGGGGGUUUCGUCCUCGUCUCUGGCUGCCUCUGCAUGGACCCCGCUAUGCUCGCAAACGUAUCGAUGGUGGAGGUCAGGGCACAGACAGCUGAUGUUCUGAGACGGAUCGAAGCGGUGCUGAAGGAAGCGGGCACCAACCUGGUUCGACUGGGCCAGGAGAACGCAGCAGCAUCAGCAGCAGCUAGGGAUGGCAACCACCGCGCCAGCAACUCUCCCCAUCCCGGUUCCAGCAACCCUGAUCCAAACAAUUCUUCCCGCGUCAACACCCGGGAUAAUAGCCCCCGAGCCGGUGACGCUAGCGCCCAUACUGAGCGGGGGAGUGGCCAGGCUCGGAACGCCUAUGGAAGCUCCGGUGAUGACAAUCAGGGGGGCCAAGGGGAAGGUGGGCUUUCACCUGCUGCUAGGUUCGGUAAUAGGCCCGGUGGUAGGUCCGGCACCAGGUCUGGUAAUAGGUUUGACGAUAGGCCGGUGCCUCUUGAAGAGAGAAAUGGCAAUGUUGGUGGUGAUGGUGGUGGUACUGGCGGUGAUGCUGAUGUAUAUGCCAGUGGGGAUGCUGCUGAUGCAUGUGAAGCCAUGGAUGCAUGUCAGCCCAUGGAUACUUCACACAUGCCACCAUCAACCCUCCGCCACCGCUCCUCCUCACUCCCACCGCCCUCCACUCGACCUAUCCCCGGUACAAUCUUCACUAGGGUUCAUGCUACAGCCGCUGCUGGUCCCCGUCUUGGCUCUGCUGCUACAGCCGCUCGUGCAGAAUACAGGGCUGGCGGAUUAUCGGACGGUUUCCCAGGCGGUUUCCCAGGUGGUUUUUCAGGUGGUUUUGCUGGGGCUUCUGAGACGUGCUCUGCUCCUGCAACCCCUGCUGCAUCUGCUGCCCGGGCUCUCCCGGAUUCAAGUGCUGAAGAGCUAACACCGCUGCCGGCCGCUCAACUAACCCAACUGCAAGGGCGGGUGGGUGCUUUGGAAGGGGGUUGUGAGGCCACUGGUGGUGCUACAGCUGAUGCCGCUGGGGUUGGUGCUGCUGCUGCUGCUGGCGCUGCUGCUGGUGCUGGUUCUAGUGCUGGGAGUGCUGCUGCUGGUUCUACUGCUGCUGCUGCUGCUGCUGCUUCCGGUGCUGUUGGUGCUGGUUCUGGAUCUAGUGCUGCGGGUGCUGGUGCUGGUGCUGGUGCUGGUGCUGGUGCUGGUGCUGGUGCUGGUGCUGGUGCUGCGGCUGCUGCUGCUGGUGUUGGUGGUGCGUUUACUUAUGCUGAUGCUGCUGCUGCUGCAGCAUCACCUGCCAACCAAAGAAGGCCCGAGGAUCGACAGGCAGGGGUUGUCCCCCGAGGCAGGGAAGAGCAUAUCCCCUCUGGGAAUGCUGCUUUCGGUUGCCAAUCGUCUGAUGCCAAUGCGUCUCCCCAUGUCCUGGGUCCCCCUGCGGCGAACACCUACACUCAGCAGCCUUCCCACGAGCGUGCUUUAGCACAGCAUGCCUCCGAUGCCUCCCCUAACAAUGCUUUCCUGCCGCAUGUUUCCCACAAGGCGAGGAUCAAGCUGAUAGGGGUGAAGCGGGAGAGAGAGGAGGAGGAGGAGCGAGGGGAGUUGGUGGGUGUGGGCUCCCUGGGUAGUGGGUCUCGGAUGGGCGAGUGGCAGCAAGAGCAGAAAUGGUUGGGACGAAUGGAGACGGUUGGCCUAGCCGCUCAGAAAGUAGAAAGCAGGUUGAGUCUGCUGCUGUGGUGCAGAGCGGUGCUGCAAGGCGAGGGGUGGAGGUCAGCAGCGCCUGCUAGUGGCACGGGUGGUGGGGCGAUUCCCGAAAGUGGGGUUGGGGAGACGGUGGGUGGAGUUGAUGGCGUGAUUGUGACAAGUGGUGGUGGUGAUGCUGCUGCUGCUGCUGCCGUGGGUGCUAAUGGUGGUGGUGGUGGUGGUGCUGCUGCUGCUGCCGUGGGUGCUAAUGGUGCUGGUGGUGGUGGUGCUGGUGUGCACCAGACAGUUCCGGAAAGCGGUGGUGGAGGGAUGGUGGUGGCGUGUGCUGCUGUGGCUGCUGCUGCUGCUGCUGCUGUGGAUGCAAGUGGUGCUGCUGCUGGGGAGGGGGGAGAGGGGCGGUUCCCGUGCCUGGCGCCCGGGUGUGAGAAGACGUACAAGAACAGAGACAACAUGAACAAGCACUUUGCCAAGGUCCACAGCAAGACGGCCCGCCUGUACGAGUGCAACCUGGUGCGCGUCGACGGGUCAUCCUGCGACUUCAAGACGCACGACGCUGGGAAGAUGAGCAACCACAAGAAGUACAGCCUGGCACAUAACCGCAGGGAGGACUUUAAGCACCCGUGCGACUCGUGUGGGACCCGCUUUCCCCGCAGGCACGAGCUCGACCGCCACAGGCCGGCAUGCAAAGGGCCUCAAGCCACCCCCAACCACCAGAACCUCCCCCAGGCGAACCUCCCAUCCACUACCCACGUCAACUCCACCAGCACGGUUGCUCUCACUGACGUGCCUUCUACUGACCACAUGGGGAAUGCGGGCGGCACGGGGAACGCGGGCGGCAUGGGGAACGUGGGCAGCAUGGGGAAUGCGGGCGGCAUGGGGAAUGCGGGCGGCAUGGGGAAUGCGGGCGGCAUGGGGAACGCGGGCGGCAUGGGGGGCAUGGGAGAAUCGGGAAACACACGCUCGAUUUCCAGCCUGCUUGCGUAUGGAAGUGUCGUUCCAAACCAAGCCAGUUACCAAGCCGAUUACCAAGCCAAUCACCAAGCCAAUUACCAAGCUAAUCAUCAAGCCAACUAUUACCAAGCCACCCACCAAUCCUCGGACCAAGUUUUCAACCAGGAAGGAGGAGCAGGAGGGUCAGGAGUGGGUGGGAGCGGUGGAGGAGGAGGAGGUGGAGGAGGAGAGGGAGGAGGAGAGGGAGGAGGAGAGGGAGGAACGGCAGGAGCAGCAGGAGCUGCAGGAGGGGAGGAGGGGGAGGAGGGGGAGGAGGGGGAGGAGGGGGAGGAGGGGGAGGAGGGGGGGAAAGAGGGAGGGGAAGGGGAGGAGCAGUCAGGAGUAGUUUUGCUGCUAUGAUGAUGGGUCGGGCCACUAUUCAAGGGGCAUUGAGGGUUAUGAAGAUGGGCGGUGCUGCUGCUGCUAGUGCUGCUGGUGUUUCUAGUGCUGCUGGUGCUGGUGCUGGUGCCGGUGCUGGUGCCGGUGCUGGUGCUGGUGCUGGUGCUGGUUCUGGUUCUGGUGCUGGUGUCGGUGCUGGUGGUGCUGGUGCUGGUGCGGGUGGUGGUGGUGGUGCGGCUGCUAAUGCUGCUGCCGGUGUUGCUGGUGCUGUUAA